AUGAGUUACAAGGAAAUCUGGUUUGGAGAUGCACUUUUCGAUGAAGCUGCUACAAUUAUACAUCAUUUUGCCUUUUAUGAAAAUCCAACAUUUUUUAAAUAUCCCAACGUAGCAUCGGGAUUUGCUAUUAGCAUAACAUUACUUCGGAAAUUGUCGGAGCGAUGGACAGAUAAUAAAUUAUUAAGUUCCAAUUUCAACAUUGAUAGCGGUUACGAAUUGGCGCGUGUAGUGUGGAACGACGGCAAUGGCCCGAUGUUACAACACGAAAAUUCAUUAUGUAGUAGAAGUUUCGAUGAAAAACCAGUAAGUCAAUUGUGCAUCUCGUUUCCGAGCCCUAUUCCAACCUGUUUUCAUAAAGACAGAGUUCCUAUUGUUCAACAAACUUGGGGUAGACAUAUUCCAAUUAUCAAGUUUUUUAGUGAUACAGAAGAUAAAUCAAUUCCAACGAUAGAUUUAGGUGUACCUAAUAGUGAAACUGGACACUGUAUGAAAACCAUAGCAAUAUUAAAAUAUGUAUUGGAAGAUAUUAAAAAUAAUAACUCCAUAAAAUGGAUUGUAGUUGCUGAUGACGACACCAUACUUGGAGUUAACAAUCUUGAACGUCUACUUUCAUGUUACGAUUCAUCCGAGAAAAUUUGCUUAGGCGAGAGAUAUGGCUACGAACUCCGAGAUCCUGGAGGAUAUAAUUAUAUAACAGGUGGAGGUGGCAUGGUAUUCAGCAGACCACUUUUAAUAGAACUGGUGAAAAGAUGCUCAUGCCCGUCUUUAAAUACGCCAGAUGAUAUGUAUUUGGGAAUAUGUAUGGCUAGAAUGAAUGUUGCAGUCACACAUUCUCCAGCGUUUCAUCAGGCGAGGCCACAAGACUAUAGUCCUAGGUUUUUAGAAACAUAUCGACCAGUUUCUUUUCACAAGCAUUACAUGAUUGAUCCAGUGAAUGUAUAUAAACAAUGGUUUGAAUCCUCGGAUAUAACGAAUAUAAACAAAUUAAAUGAAACAAAAAUUAAAGUACACAACGAACUCAUUUCAAGCGAUAUUAAAGAAAUGGUUGAUGAUGACACGUUUGGAUUAUUAUUACAAGAAAUAAUGAUUAAAACUUUACAACCAUAUAAGUGUGUGAUGAUUUUUACAGACGAUAUGUAUUCAGAUUUGUUUGAUAUGCCAUGGUUUAAGAGAUUUGGCAAUGUUAUAUCCUUUAUAAUAAUAAAAGUAAACGAAUAUGAUGACUUAUACGCCCCUGAGCCUGAAGUCCAAGAAAGCUUGUUGAUAGCUAAGCAGGGCGGAUGUCAGUUAUACAUAUUUUUAAUUUCCAAUGGACUACAAAUGAGAAGACUCCUUAGAUUUUGUGAUAGGUAUCGCGCUCUAUCAACAUUAGCCAAAUUUGUUCUGCUUUUCGAUCACCGCUUAUUUGACAAAGAACUUCUGUAUCUCUGGAAAAGAAUAAUAAAUGUAGUUUUUAUAAAAAAGCACGAAGGCAGAAGUACUACUAAUCCAGAACAUAAUUUUGCUUGGUUUGAAAUUACAACUGUUCCAUUUCCCGCUCCCGUUGGUAACAUUCUUAUUCCUAGAAGACUUGAUAUUUGGGCUAAAUCCAAAUUUCGUAAAGGUUUUGACUUAUUUAAAGAUAAAACUUUGGACUUACAAAAUCAAACUUUAAAUGUUGUUGUGUUUUCUCAUAUACCAGGGGUACAAAAAAUUAAUACCAGCCAUACUCUAAGGGCAGUGUAUAGUAAAACAGAAUUAAAUGAAACUUCAAGUUUUGCAGGGACUGAGAUAGAAAUUUUACAAACAAUUUCCAAAUGGAUGAACUUCAAUGUAGAAGUUUAUGAACCUCCAAAUAUAGAAAGGGAACUUUGGGGACGACCUCUAAUUGGAGGAAUCUAUACCGGUGUUAUAGGCGAAGUUGUAAGUACUAGAGCAGAUAUUGCUCUUGGAGAUUUAUAUUAUACACCGUAUUUACUUAACUUAAUGGAUCUGACGGUUCCCUAUAAUACAGAGUGUUUAACAUUUAUUACACCAGAAGCUCUAACAGACAAUUCUUGGAAAACAUUGAUACUACCGUUCAGUCCUAUAAUGUGGGCUGGAGUACUAGUAUCACUAUUAAUAACAAUCAUAAGUUUUUACUAUCUGGCUCAUUUUCACGUCAAUACAAGUCAACAGGUCGCCAACGACAUAGAUUCCCAAACACCAUUUCAAAAGUCGAAAAAAGUAAUAACGCUUUCUUUACACCCAGCUUUGGAGAAAAUGGAUGCAAACACUAAGUAUAUUUUAAUGAAAGAAAAAUAUCAAGUAAUUAGAAGAGAAGGAGAGCCAAUUGGAUUGUAUCAAUUUAGCGAACCAGUAAAUAGCGCUCUCUAUACUUUUAGCAUGCUACUUCUGGUUUCUUUACCUAAACUACCCACAGGAUGGUCUUUAAGGGUAUUAACUGGGUGGUAUUGGUUGUACUGUUUACUUGUGGUUACUGCAUAUAGAGCUAGUAUGACUGCUAUCUUAGCCAGACCUUCAUUGAAAGUAAAAAUAGAUACAGUGGAUGAACUGGUCGAAAGUCGGUUGACUUAUGGUGGCUGGGGCGAAAUAAAUAAGGAAUUCUUUAAAAAAUCCACUGACCCGUCACUGGAAAUAAUCUCGAAAAAUUUUAUAACAGUGAAUGAUUCAGAAGAUGCCGUAGACAGAGUAGCAGAGGCGUCGUUCGCUUUUUACGAAAAUACAUAUUUCUUAAAAGAAGCUUUAGUAAAGCGACAACAAAGAUAUCAAAAUAUGUUUAGUUCUUCUGACAAUUUGACAACCAAUUCUAUUUUAAGAGCAUUUGAUCAUCGGCGUAGCUAG